AUGCGAGUCCAUGGAUGGUACAUUAUCCAUCUACGUCCUGGUCAUACAAUGGAGAAGCACUCUGAAGCUGUUGGAGUGGACAUGGAAACCUAUUCGCACGGAGUUCUGGAUACCGUGUAUCCGAACAACGUGGCAUAUCUGGGAAGAGAUAUUGAUAAGGAUUUACUGAAGCGGGUUCGAGAGGAUCCUGGGGUUGAGUCUGUAACUUGCGACGCCCGACUGCCGCAGGAAGUCUCACGUUUCCUCAAAUCUGGCGUAAAGACAAGCUAUACCAGCGGCAACAUCGUCUUGCUUUUUGGGACUCUGGUGAAGCUCACCUGGACAACUCCGGCACCUUUUUACGGAGAUUCACACCACCACAAUGCACUCAUUAGGGACUCUUACACUGUGAAGUUAGGCAAAGGUCACACUCUCCACGAUCAUUGGCAUAACAUUGGGGUAAGCGAACCGGACUUUCGCCUCUCGUCAAAAAGCUAG